UACUCUCCCUCUUUCUGCCGCACACACACACGCACACACACGCACACACACGCCGUGCUCCACAGGCCUGCAGACUUUGUCCUUGUCUUUGUCUCAGACUUUGUCAUUGAUGACAGUGGAAAAGGCGAGGUAGCCAAGCUCGGAGUUAUCGCUGUGGACACUUGACAGUCAUGAGAAGAAGUGUGUGUUCUCUGCUGGUGCUGGUGUGUGCCGUCAGGGCUCUGGAUCAGCUGAAUAUGUGUAUGGAUGCCAAACACCACAAGACUGAGCCAGGGCCUGAGGGGGCUCUUUACCAACAGUGUUUCCCGUGGCGCUCCAACGCGUGCUGCACUGCCAACACCACGGAGGAGGCGCAUGCGGACAACUCGUACCUGUACAACUUCAACUGGAACCACUGCGGCGCCAUGAGCGAGCGCUGCAAACGCCACUUCAUCCAGGACACCUGCUUCUACGAGUGCUCACCUCACCUGGGGCCGUGGAUACAGAAGGUUGACCAGUCCUGGCGUAAGGAGCGGAUCGUGGACGUGCCCCUGUGCCUGGAAGACUGUGAGUCCUGGUACUCCGACUGCCAAGACAGCCUCACCUGCAAAGAGAACUGGCACAUAGGCUGGGACUGGAGCUCAGGGACUAACCAGUGCCCCAGCGGUGCCAAGUGCCAAACGUUUGCUGAAGUUUUCAAAUCAGCGAAGACCAUGUGUGAGGUCAUCUGGUCUAACUCUUACAGGUACACCACUCUGAAGAAGGACAGUGGUCGCUGCAUGCAGUUAUGGUUUGAGGGCCCCACCAACCCAAACCUGGAAGUGGCACGCUAUUACCUCAACAACGCCACCCCUCAGGCUGUUGGCAUGGCAACCACCCUCCUCCUGCCCCUCCUCGGCCUACUGCAUGUUGCAUCCAUAGCAUGAGCGAGAGAGAGAGA